CUGGCAACGAACAUGCUUGGAGGUUGAUCUGCCCCGGCUGUUUGGCCACAGGAGCGCGAGAGAGCCCAGAUGUGGUUUCCCCUGGAUUACGCGUGCCACUCGUUCGCGCGUCUUCCGUGUCUGCCCUCCCUGCCUUUCGCGCAGGCCCGCGCCUCCUCGCAUUGACCGCCCUUCAUCCUGCCUCUGCACUCCCUGCCUUGCCUCCCCUCUCCGCCAGGUAAGGUGCAAUUCCCUUCGUUUUGUCUCGAGCUGAGUUGACUCUUACCCCGCCUUCCCUGUCAGGCUCAGCAUGCCCAGCCCUGGCACCAUGGCGGCCCGUCCGGCUCUCAUAGUCUCGGCGGCUUUGGUAGCAGCCGCCACGGCAAGUUCAGAGUGCAGCGUCGGCGAUGUGGACUGUUUGUUGGAGAAGCUAACGCUCGACGAGAAAUUGCAGUUCUUCGCAGGUGAUUUAGAUGCAAUCGACCACAUUUCUGGCGUCAAGAGGCUCGGAAUCCCCGACAUAAACAUGGGCGACGGUCCCAAUGGAGUCGCCAAUACCAUCGCGGGCACUGCGACCUCGUUUCCUUGCAACUUGGCGGCUGGAGACACGUUCGACCAGCAGGUGAUCAGGAAAUACGCACAGGCGAUGGCCAAGGAGUUCAAGGCGAAGGGCAAGAAUCAGAUAUUGGGUCCUGGCUCGAACCUGGCGCGCAUUAGUCUGUGUGGCAGACAGGAUGAGUACAUGGGGGGUGACGAUCCGCUGCUGAGCGCGGAGUCUGUUAGGGCGUUCGUGAAGGGCGCGCUCGACGAGCACGUCAUGGUAAUGGUGAAGCACUUCCUGCACAAUGAGCAGGAAACGAAUCGAAACGACUGGAGCGCAGAUCCCGAUGUCAAGACUUCGAUGGAGAUCUACAUGCAGCCUUUCCUGGCAGGCAUCGAGGCUGGAGCUGCGGCACUAAUGUGUGCGUACAACCAGGUCAACGAGAUGCACGCUUGCAAGCACAAGGGCAUCAUGCAGGCUGCCAAGAAGGCUGGCGAUGCGUUUUGGAUCGCCAGCGAUUGGGGCGCAGUGUACUCUGAUGCCGCUGACGGAGGCAUCGUAGACUACAUCAAUGCUGGAAUGGACAUGGAGAUGGGAACCUUCGACACUGCUGAUUGCGACGGACACAUGUCUGAUGACGUGAAGGAGACCGAGUAUGGGGCAGAAGGUUAUUGCAACAAAGGGUACUACAUGCUCCAAGACGCAAUGAAGGGCCUCGUGAACAGCGGGAAGGUGAGCAAGGAGCGGGUGGACGAGACAGUUGGCAGAAUCCUCCGCGCUCUCAACACAGCAGGACUUCUGGACCCAGAUGUUCAGGCCGAAUUUCCUACUUAUGCCGAAAAGGACCUACAUUCGAAGUGGUAUGGACCCUUGGCUCAGAAGGACGUGCGCACUAGCGAGUCAAGGUUGGUCGCGCAAGAGGUGGCCACGAAGGCGAUGGUGUUGCUGCAGAACUCGGGCGGGCUCCUGCCCCUCGCAGCCUCUGCAAGGGUCGAGAUGUACGGGUGUGGCGAGGAGGUCCACUUCAGGGCGGAGUCUGGAUCGGCCGCCGGCACGGAGCCGAACAUUCCCAGCUCCGACGAGCGGUGCAAGCCGGACGGGAAAACGGCAUGCCCGUACCCGGACGACGCAGUCACCGCCGCGGGCGUGAGCCUCAAGGCUUUCGGGCUAGAAGACGGAGAGAACGGGCCGCAAGACCCAGACGCGGUGACGGUGGUGUGCUUGGUGCCUGCGUCCAAGAAUUCUGAGGGGACGGACCGCGAGAAUUUGGACUUGGAUGGCGCCGCAGACUUUCCUUUUGAGAAGUUCGACAACGUCGUCGUGUACGUGGUCGCAGGCGGUCCCGUCCUCAUGCCGUUCGCGUCCCAGGUCGACGCGAUCUUGUACUCGUCCCUGCCCGGGGAGAUGGGUGGCGCUGCGUUUGCUGAUGUAUUGCUCGGCAAGGCGAGCCCAUCUGGGCACCUCUCGUUAACAAUGCCGGAGUCGGAGAAGCAGACCAUCAGUCCGACGGAGAGCUCUGACGCCUACAACGAGGGUUGGAGGUUUGGCUACAGAGGAUAUGGCGCCAAGGGUGAACUCCCCAACUUCGCUUUCGGCUGGGGUCUCAGCUACCUGGAGGAGAUUGAAAUCCUCCAGGCGAACAUCAGUACCACCACCAGCGACGGGCGUGUGAAGUUCAGGUACCGCUUAGUCCUGCGGGCUCCCAACUCCGCGCCCCAGCAGGUGACCGAGGCCGGCCAGGUCGUGCAGCUGUACGUUCAGCACCUCAAGCCAGAGGCGCGGCCCUUCAAGCAGCUCGCUGGGUUUGGCAAGGCGCAGAACCUUGUGGGCGUCAAGGACGCCGUGGUCGACAUAGUAGUCGAUCCCCCGAAGGUGUGGGACACCGAGGGGGGUACGGGAGAUGGUUGGGACGGCACGUGGAAGCCGGUCGUUGACUACAAGCUCUUCGUAAGCCUUCAUGGCGUGGAGCUUUGGGGGGGCAAGGGGGGGUUGAGGAGGUGAAAAAGCAGAUGAGGCCACGUACGUAAUCUCAUGCUUCGUUCCCGUUGUCGUGUCCCAGCCGCUUUGAGGCGACACGAUGACGAAGGAUCCAGCACGUUUAGGAUCACUGUGAAGCAUUUGGGCGUGCCUGAGCCAUGAUCUAAGCUGCUGAGAGCGGGGGGCACCCCUUACGGAAGAAGGUGAAUGGCCAACAAUAUCAGCGAGUCUUGUUAUCACGUGUUGACGGUUACCGCUCAGUCAAAGCCCAUUUGUAGGCCAUGAAGCACGAACAGUGAUGCACAACCAGUAUUGCAUCCGUGGCGUAUCGGCCGAAGCCGCAUCGACUUAUUAUGUCCGCCAUUCUGAGCCUCCUUGUCAGUGAAUGCCUGCAGACGAACCCUCGCUCGCCGCACUGCUUGAAGCCAUCGUAUGCGUGUGUCUAUGUGCGUGUGUACAUGCUGUUCACGGCGGCGACGCCCGUUGUGCAUUCGUGCCGCACGAACCUUACGCAGCGGCCAUCGGCCAUGAGGCGCUCUCGAUCGCAUCAUAUCUGGGCACCAGUCUCAAGCACCUAGCGAGGUCUGUCAUGAUCCUUUACCAUGUCAUGCUUCCCACGGUUUCGGAGCGGUGAUCGUGCAGUUGAUAUUCGUGGUGAUGUUGCUACGACUGCUACUACUGAUGUGCAUCCGGUAUUUUCCAUAGUUAUGUCUGGUAGUUCUGUCAUUGCUGCUUCUGGUGCAGCCACUAUUUCCAAUUCAUUAAACUACAUUUGCUGCUAUUUCUGCACUGCUGUUCGGAAGUGUUGCUCCUUCGAUUGAUGCCUGCUGCUUCUAUUGCUAUGGCCGCUGCUACUGCUGGUGGCUCCUGCUAGUGUUUGCAGUUUUGGCAUUGUUUCGUCAUGUUUGUUAUCGUUGCUCGCUCGUAGUGCCAUAGUUGUGACUGCUGGCUGACGCUACCACUGCUGUAGUUGUUGCUCUCUAGGUUGACACGGCUGCUGAUGCAAUUGUUGUUGGCUCCCUUCCCAAAGCCUCCCCGCCCGGAGGGUGAUCUAUGACGUACGCUAGAAGGUCACUUCUCAAGGAGCAUGCGGUCGAGCUCUACCAUGUCACGCACAAUGAAGGCAACACCAACGCAAAUUUACUUGCUGACCUGCCCAUCAAGUUUGUCCAGGCCGACGCCGUGGCCGAGCGGGCAAAAGCACGAGGCCUCGAACCACCCGCCGCAAUGCUCAGUCGAUAUGAGGAGGGGAAGCUCCGCGGCCAGCACAAUUUGCUCGCUACGGGGAGGAGCAGCCUGAGGCCACUAUUCCUCGCUGGCGUCGCAACUGCUGCGGCCACCGCUACGCUGCUCGCAGCCUCUGUAGCGUGGAGAGCGCGUCAGAGGAGGCAGUCCAUGGAGCUCGAUCCCCUUAUCGCCGAUUACUCGACCCAGUAAGAGGGGCUCGGAUGUAAUUAUAUUGUGUAGCUAGCUGUUCGAAGCCUUUCGAAGGCCACGGAUGGAGCAAUCCAGGGCCGAAGGACAAUCACAAUUGGAGGGAG